AUGGAGUACUCCGCCGACACUUCCGUGCUGGGGCCACUGCCCUUCGUUCUCGGCUUCUGCACGUUGCCGGAGCUGCGCAGCCUGGCACUCGUGUCGCGCGACGUGGCGUCCAGCUGCGAGCCCGAGUGGCGGCUGCGGACACUCGCGCGCUUCGGCGAGUUGCGCUUCGCCACGGGCCAAUGGCGGCGGCUCUUCAUGUUGCGGUCGCAGUUCCGGCGCAAGGCGGUCGACAAGGUGACGGCGAGGGUGUACCUUAUGAAUAACCGGGGGGAGACCCGCUUCUUUCCAAUUGAGAGGGGCACCCCCCUCAUGUGCUCGCGGGAGAGAGCCGUCGUGUACAACCGCUGCAAGCGGAUGUUCGACCUCUCGUUAAGAAUAAACAGGUCCAUCCAGGAGAUCUCGACGCUGAUAGGAAUGGUGUCCGUGGACGAGGCCCGGGGACUUCUGAACGAGCAUAUCAGUCUCAUGGCUUCAGUUGCAGCGCUCAGGGGCUCGCUCAACUUCGAGAGCGAGCUGUUCCAGAUCUUCCCGGCCCCGGUACUGCUCGACACGAACUCCUUAUUGAGGGUUACGCACAAGUUCCUAGACCAAGAAGACGCAGAGUUCCUGCAGUCGUCGCUGAUGAUGAUGCAGGUCUGGGCGUCCAUUGACGGGCUCAUUUACCGUCCGCUGGCGCCGCCAGCCACGAUCCAGCCGACCCCCGACCGGAUCCAGAGAGAUGGCGACAAUGUGGAGGAGAUCGCGACCUACGCGUCGUUGAAGCUGCACGAGCUGUCAGGGAUGACCAUCAGUAUCGACGACAAUACGCUGAGAUACAGACUGCAGGAGGACGAGCUGUGUGUGAACGCCCUGGUCAGCAACACGUACUUGCUGUACCUGUUCAACCCGCUGCAGUACCGUCCGUUGGACUGGACGUUCGACGCCAUGCUGCAAGUGGGGGAGACGAGGUAUGUGCUGCCAGUGCAGAGAGAAGGAGUGUUCCUGAACACGACGUCGUACGCGCUGCGAGUUUUUCUUUCGUAUGGAAAUGAACCGCUGGAGAUCCCGUACGACGGACAGCGCGAGAUUUUCGCCUUCCACUUGACUGCUACGAACCGAAUUUCCAAGAAGACGCACGUGGUGGCUUCCAAAGCGACGUGCUUGUCACUAUUGCCUUCUCCUAACACGAACGAGCGUGAUACACCCACGACACAUGCUGCUGGAACGGCCCCGCCGCUGGAGCGACAUGUGCAUCUCCCGUUCGACGCCAUGAUCUGCUACUGCUUCGCUCCAAGCUGCCGUUUGCAAUACGUGGAGUUUGCGAUUGGAUUCGAACCGUUGAUGCACAUCCUCGGAGUCGCGCAUUUCCUUCCUGAUGUUGCAGCUGUCUGUUAA